UUUGUCCAUAGUGUGCCAAGCACAUACACAGAGUUAUGUAUGAUAAACCACACACCUGGAUGUCCAAACAGUAUUCAUCUGAUUAUUGACUAGUCCACAAGUUGAGAAACUAAAUGGGAUGGGAAGCUGGGGGAGAAGUGAAGUGCCUGCCUCAAGCCAACAAGCUUCUGUCCAUAUCAAUGAGCUUUAGCGUGGUCAUCCACUGGCCAAUAUUAUUUGACAGUUUGCAGAUCAGCCUGCUGAACAAUCUUUUUCAACAUAUUUGUUUGAAAAGGCUGACCAAUAUCCCUGGUACAAAGAUACUGCUUUGGUUGUUGACUCCACAAUAUGUACUGAAAAUAAUUUUGUACAAUUGUAUUGGUCUUUGCACAACCAGCUUUUCCACAUUGAAUCAGAUUUGCAACUGGCCAACCACACUGCUUUUGACUUUGAACUUGAAAUUGGCCCUUAAAAGACCAAAGGUCUAGGUUACAUGCUUUUAUUCCAUGUGACUUGUAUAUAAAGCACUUAAGGCUUUAAUAGCCCAAAACUUAAUACACUAAAUGAUUCCUCUUAAUACAGAACAAUACUUGGAGAUAAACAUUGUAAUCCCUGUACUUCGCACACAGCAGCCCUGAAUGGAUUUUUCAUAUUUGCUGGAACACAACAAAUUACUGUUUUUAAAACGGACCCCCCCCCUCCUAAUUAUGCUCAUUUCUUUUUGCCUAUUUUUAGGAGAUUUGCAUUUCCAGUUUUCUCUCUGUGCAGAAAUAUUGAGCAAGGACUGGUUCAGUUUACCGGCUGCUGCUGAUUUUGUGUGUUUGCAGUGUGAAUGGUGGACGUGAUAUUUCAAACAGCAGAUCAGUGAGUUUAUGUAUAGGGUGCCCGGAAAUUUUUCCAAAUAAACACAGCUUGAUUCAACUUGGGUGGGCAGGCUUAUCAACAGACUAAUUCUCUAAACAAAUGAAGGAAAACCCCAGAAACCCAUUGGCUGGUACCAGAAAGACACGUGGAGAAAGCUUGGAGGUUUCUUCCCCCCCUUCUUCUUUUGCAAUGAAAUUUUAAUUAAUGUGGGUGGGCUGAGAAAUGGAGGACUGUUUAUCAUAGACAAUUUAUUUUCCAGUGCUAAGUCAACAUAAAAUAGCAAACUUACAACAAUUAUUUAACAUUUUUAAGCAAUGAAAAAGGGGACAGGGAGAGUACAAGCUGGGGAAGCUAGACUGGUGGGAUCCAGACUGCAGCUGAAGGAAAGCCCUACAGGAACUCUCUCCGGCUUCUCUAGUCUCAGUGCUGCAGGAAAGCUCGAUUAUGAGCAGGAUAUACAGCAGCUCCCUGCCUCAGCUAGCCACUGACUUGCACAGAUCACCACUAGUCUACCUGUAUGGGCCAGAAAGGGCAAUAAUGCCAGCCUUGGGCUUUGCCUCUACCAAUGCUGUAUCCAGACAAGAGCCUCCCCAGAAGCCACCUUACAGCUACAUUGCCUUGAUAGCCAUGGCCAUUAAGGACUCCCCGGAUCAUAGAGUAACUCUCAAUGGGAUUUACCAGUUCAUUAUGGAUCACUUUCCUUUCUAUCAUGACAACAAGCAAGGCUGGCAGAACUCGAUCAGGCACAACCUGUCUCUCAAUGACUGCUUCGUUAAAGUGCCCAGGGAGAAGGGAAGACCUGGUAAGGGCAGUUACUGGACUUUGGACCCCAAGUGCCUUGAUAUGUUUGAAAAUGGGAACUUCAGGCGCAGGAAAAGGAAACCCAAACCUCUUUUAUGUCAGGAAGGCAAGAGGUACAAGGCGGAGGCAGCUGUAGACUCCAGGCUGGGGGAUGGUACAGGUAACAGCAGUUUCUGUAAGGUGCCAGGCAACAACGGAAGCCGAGAUGCUCCCUCCAGCAGGAACCAAACAUCUGCUAGCGAGAAAGAAUCCGCAGGGGAGACGUCUUCUUCUGAGGAUGAAGGGGGCUCUGGGGAUUACAUGAAAGCCUCACCAGCUCCUGAAUGUCUUAACCCAGAUCAGAGCAGUGGCUCCUACUGGAACAAUGUGCAUCCAUCCUUCUACUUGUCCGUCCCACUCCUGUCUGACCAGGUGACCUUACCUACCCAGAAGGAGGAGAGCAGGGGCAGCCAAGCUCGUUACCUAGGCAACAGUUUGCAUGAUUUUGGGCAUUUGGGAGCCCCCAGCCCGGGAUGUAACAAAGAGAAGCCAGCUGAUGCCAACAACGCCAAGGAAGCUGAGCAACUAUCCCAGAAAAGCUCCAGGAGCUUCAGCAUAGACAGCAUCCUCUCUAGAAGUGACCAAUCGGCUCCCGAGUACGGGGCCCCUGCACCUCCUGCUGUGUCAAAGGAGGACAAUGUAGCAGCUAGUUAUAGGUGCCCUUCUCUCUGCCCACUCUUCAACGCCUCCCUAAUGGCUGAUUCCCAGGUGCAAGGUAAAUUCUAUCACAUCGGGCUCCCUGUCAUUUCCUAUUUCCCUUUAACCCUUUCAGACGCACGUUUUGCCCCGUAAAGCCCUCGCAAGCAUCUACUUGUGAGUAACUACGACCACAGCUGUAUCAAUGAAUGUGGAAAACGUGUCACACUUCAAAUGCUGUGUAACUACAACUCCCAGCUCCCUCCUCUCCCCCACUGGGUUAUCCAUGGAAUGCUAGGAGUUAUAGUUCAACAGCAUCAAUGGAAAAUGGGAGGAGAGUGCCAGACACAUCUUCAAAUUAAAGCCAGGAAAUAGUUUUGUAUAUUUAUAUAUUCUAGCAUUGCUUCUCCCCCGAACACCAAUGACAUAGUGCAGCUCUCUGUCUCCCCAAUGGCAGUAUCACAUAGCCAAGCUUAGUUAGUUCUUGUGCAAACCUUAUAUACCCACACGCUGCUUGCACUACUCAUACCUCCAUUUUGUAUAUUUGUCACUGCUAUUUCUAUUUAAUGCUGUUCUGGUUGUUAAAAUAGUUGAGUAUUUGCUAGAACGUGUAGCAGCCCCACAGCUGCUUCAUUCCAUUGGUUUUACCUGACUCCAUUCUGGAAUAAAAGCUCUCUAUAUA